AUGAGUCAAUUCAUUAUAUUAUUUUUUUUGUUGGUGGUAAUAAAUGCAGAAACAUGUCCUGAGAUCCUUUCAACUUGUUCUUCUUGUUCAAAAGACUCAGAUGGAAAUUAUGUCUGUAGUGAUUGUGUUAGUGACUGUAUACUUAUUAAUAGCUCUUGUAUAAUCCCUGAAAGAGGAGAUGAAAAAUGCAGAUGUCCUAGUUAUUCUAAAGUUGUUGAUGGGGUGUGUGUUUGCAAUAAUAACAGAUAUUAUGAUUCUGCAAAAGGUAUUUGUCAAAAGUGUACUAACAAUAACCCUCAAUGUAGUUCUUGUAAUGAGACCAAUGGUGAAUGUACUUCUUGUAAAAAUCCAUAUGUAUUAGAUGAAAAAACAAAGCUGUGUGUGAGUGGUUUGUUCUUUAUAUAA